AUGACAUCCGUUGUUGCCAAAGAGAUUGCCCUAAUCACCGGUGCAAAUUCUGGAAUUGGCUUCGAGAUAGCACAUCAACUUCUCCAAAAAGGAACGUAUCACGUCUUCCUGGGCUCUCGCAACACCAGCAAAGGUUCCGCGGCCCUGCAAGACCUGCAAGCACGCAACCUCCCUGGCAGCGCCGAGCUGAUGCACCUCGACGUGCAAAGCGACGACCAUAUAAAUCAAGCCGCUGCAUAUAUUCGAGAAAAGCAUGGCAAACUCGACAUUCUCUUCAAUAACGCCGCCGUCGCGCUUCCAGAAGGCGCAACGGAACGCGAAAGGAUGGCUGCAGCCUUCGACAUCAAUGCCACCGGUCCGUGGCUCCUCACAAAAGCGCUCAUACCCAUCCUCAAGAAAAGCGAGAACCCCAGGAUCAUCAAUAUAUCUUCUGGUGCUGGGAGUAUCGGUCGGCGACUCUUCCCGGAAAGCCCAAUGUACAAGAUUCAAGGCAUUCCAUAUCGUGCAAGCAAGGUAGCUUUCAACAUGCUGACUGCAUGUCUGUACGUUGAGUUUGGACUGGGCGUGAAACAAACCGAUGCGACAGAGCCAGAGUCAGGCAAGGACGACACCGGGGCUGUAGGAGGAACAGAUGCGAGAAUUAAGGUCUUUUGCUUUGACCCUGGGUUCACAGUAUCUAACCUUGGGCCGUACAACAAGCAAGAGUUUGGUGCGCGAAGUGCUGAGAAGACGGUCGACAGUAUCAUGGAACUUGUGGAGGGAAAGAGGGACGCAGAGGUGGGCAAGUUUAUACAUAAUUCUGGAGGCUAUCCUUGGUAG